CGGCGCGGCGAGCGGCGGCGGCGGCGAUGAGAGCGGGCAGUGCGAACUGCCGGAGCAGCCGCCGGCCGCCAUAGUCGGCACACAAAGCUAGUCCCAGAUUUGAGCGACGGUAAGGCACCCUAAUGAGUGAACCUCGGGAGCGCUAUGGAUUUGACUAAGAUGGGCAUGAUACAGCUCCAGAACCCCUGCCACCCCACGGGGCUGCUGCACAAAGCCAACCAGAUGCGCCUGGCGGGGACGCUGUGCGACGUGGUCAUCAUGGUGGACAGCCAGGAGUUCCACGCUCACAGGACAGUGUUAGCUUGCACUAGUAAAAUGUUUGAGAUCCUCUUCCACCGCAACAGUCAGCAUUACACCCUGGACUUCCUUUCACCAAAGACUUUCCAGCAGAUUCUGGAGUAUGCUUACACGGCCACCCUCCAGGCAAAGGUUGAAGACUUGGAUGACCUGCUCUACGCAGCUGAGAUCUUAGAAAUAGAGUAUCUAGAAGAGCAGUGCCUGAAGAUCUUGGAGACCAUCCAGGCAUCCGAUGACAACGAUGCCGAAGUCACCAUGACGGAUGGAGGUGCCGAUGAAGAGGAGGACAGGAAAUCGAGGUACAUCAAGGGGCUCUUCAUCUCCAAGCAUUCCAGCGAGGAGAGUGGCUACGCCAGCACGGCCGGGCAGAGCGGACCAGGCACUAUGGUGGAGCAGAGCCCCUCAGUCUCCACAUCCUUUGGCCUCUCCGCCAUGAGCCCCACCAAGGCAGCAGUGGACAGCCUGACGAGCAUCGGGCAGUCACUGCUGCAGGGUGCCCUGCAGCACAACGUCCCCGAGGAGCCGCAUGCUGCCGGCCGCCACCCCGGCCCCAGCGAAGUCAAAACCGAAGUGAUGCAGGUGGAAGAUGCCUCCAGCCACGAGAGCCCACGGCCGGUGGAGUCGGGUGCUUCCAGUGGGGAGAAAUCUGAUGACAAGAGCAAGGAAGACCCCGGCACCCCGACCCGCAGCAGUGUUAUCACAAGUGCCCGCGAACUGCACUACGUCCGCGAUGAGAGCGCAGAGCAGCCUCCCGAGGCCGCCCAGGGGAUGCUGGUGGGGCCGGAGCAGUCCGUGGCUGCGAGCGAGAAGCCUUUGGGUGUCUACUCCGUGCUCCCUAACCACAAAAGUGACUCUGUGCUCAGCAUGCCGCCCUCCAUGACAUCCACUCUUCACAUGCAGCCAGCCCUGGCCGUGUCCAUGGACUUCAGCGCUUACGGAGGGCUCCUGCCCCAGGGCUUUAUUCAGAGGGAGCUGUUCAGUAAGCUCGGGGAGUUGGCAGCCGGCAUGAAAACGGAGAGCAGAGCCGUGGGCGAGCAGUGCAGUGUGUGUGGGGCAGAGCUCCCAGACAACGAGACCGUCGAACAGCACCGGAAGCUGCACAGCGGUAUGAAGACGUACGGAUGCGAGUUGUGUGGGAAGCGGUUUCUGGACAGCUUGCGGCUGCGAAUGCACUUACUGGCACACUCAGCGGGUGCCAAAGCAUUUGUCUGUGAUCAGUGCGGUGCGCAAUUCUCAAAAGAAGAUGCCCUGGAGACACACAGGCAGACACACACUGAACAUCUGCUCUUGGCCAACGUGAGUCAAAGCCCAUUGGGGAUGAAGGUUACCCAUGGCACCCUGAUACCAAGGCUGAUAAAAACUCCCCCUGCUUCCGUGCAGUCAAACUCCAGCGUUCUCUGCAUUGUCCAGCAGCCAGUGGCUGUGAAGAAGCCAUUGACACAGUGACAAAAAAAUUCCAAACAUCUCUGAAAUCUAAUCUAGCAAGAGCCAACAAUCCCUGGACUCUUGUUUGGCGUACCAAGAAUUUUUGGAGCCUUCCACUUCACUCUUAGCGAUUGCAACAACAAUUUUGUUGCAUGCCUCUAUUGCAUGCACAUAGUUUAAGACAUUCAGUAUGAAGAGUAAGUGAAGACUGUUUUGUUGGAGGCACUGACCAGCUGGGAUUUGUGUGCAUGCGGGGUGUAUGUGUGCACGUGGAUGUAUAUAAAUGCAUCUUUUAGUUGCGUAGCUCACAGCUAAUGCUGAUGUCAUUGUGCUGAUGUUGUUCAGUGUGGGAUGUUUUGGGGCUGGCUGUGGGGAUGCUCUGCAAUGUGGGAAUGUUUUGGGGCUGGCUGUGGGAAUGCUGGAGGUGUUACCAUGAAGGCAGCAGGCAACGCCUUGCCCUGCUGGUAGCCUACACUGUGCGUUUGCACCCACUGUUGUGCCAGAGCCUUUGAUAAAAGAUUUAUAAUGAUAUUAAUUAUUAUGGUGAUGGACAGACAGAACAGCCAGCCACCAGAAGCAACAAAAAUGCAAUGGGUGUUUCAUAGGGCGUAGCAGGAAUAUUCUGCAGUCCUGGUGCCUUCUCCAGGUGCUCAUAAGUGCCCAAGUUUCAUUGGCACCAAACCCUGGGGCACCUUCCUGCACCCGGGUCCCAGUGCUGGGGCUGCAAGAGCUGGAGGCGAGGGCCGGGACGGAGCAGCCACAUCUCUUGCACACGCACACACACGCAGAGGGGAAAACUUGAAGUCAAACGUCUCAAAGUCAGAUCCCUUUUUAGUAUGAAUUUGCUGUAUCUCAUUCUGAGCACUAAUUCCAAUUUAAUUGCAAGUGGCCUGAAGCCUCUUCAAUAGGAGUAACAAAUGGUUUGAUUUUGUAAACUUCAUCAGACUGCAUUUUAAAUGCGACACACUAGCCCGGCUCGAAUGCCAAUGAAGCACUGAAGUAGCUCUCUGUUUACUAAUUAUCCGUUUUUACUUCAAGCCACGCUGGCUGGCUUGUCUGAUUAAAUCGGAUUUGUGGGAUAGAGAACAGCUAGCAGAGUUUUCUCUAUAGUAAACGAGAUUGAAACUAUGGACCGCCUGGCUGCACACUGUAAAUUAUAUUUCCUUUUAAAGGGGACGUGUCUCUUUUAUUUCUUCGGCGAACCUCCUGCAUGUUAAACUUUGUGGUACGGAAAUGCACCGGGCGCCUUUUAAAAAUAAGAGGAAAAGCAAACCUGUGUUCCUUGCCAUAUGCCUACGUGUCUCGGAGCGAAUUUCGUUUUAAUUCCUUCUAGUGUGGAGUCAGAGCAUGGAAGAAGUGUUGUGUUCAGUGCUGUGGUGAUUUUAGCAUUCCUCACCUGAAGUUUGAAAAGGGGAGUCCCUGAGUGAUGGGAAAUGCAUCUCCCUUGCCUUUAAAGACACGGGGAAAAGCACUUUUGGGGGGAGCCUGGAAAGCAAAGCGUAGAGAUCCACACGCACAGCUGCGCUCUCAGGGCUUUUCCUCCCUUAAGCAAGCAUCAAUCCUGCAAAAAUCACAUCUCCCAUCACCUGUUAUUUAAACCUGCCUCGCACAGAGCGGGCGGCGCUCUCUUCCAAAUAGUUAAUGCUGCAUCCAGGAUCUCAUCUACAUGGCAGCCUGUCGCUCCUGCCUUGGAAACCCGCAGCACUGCUACACGCGGUAUUAAUUGUUUACUGCUGCAGGCUGGAGGCAAACAGCACAUCGGCUCUGAGAGGAGAAAAAAGAGAAGAUGGGAGAAGGUGGCUAUUGAAUGCGGCGUAAUAGGGCUGUGCUUAAACCUCCACUGUUGCUAAGACUUUAAUUCCACAAGCUUGACCUAUUCUGCCCUCUCUCUUGGUAUCUAUCUUUGUGCCUAGAGCUUUUUAUAUUUUAAUUUGCUUUUGAAUGUCCUACAAAAUUAAUGGUAUACUUUUUGCCAUUGUGCAGUGUACAGUACAGGGAAGGCCCCGUGGUGUUCGCUGAUAGCCGCGUUUCCCUGGAAAUGAAUGGUCACCGCACUUUCUGUUCCAUAUUCGCCCCUUUUAAUUGUUGACAGUAAAAAGCGUUUAAAUGCUGCUUAAUUUGUAAUCAUCUUCCCGAAAAAAAGGAGAGAAACCAUUAAAACGUCAGCGAAAUGAAUAAAUCCGUCUUCCUCUUUUUGUGCCUACGUGGCGGCGGCGGCGGUGUUUAUUUAUCCGGGGUGAUUUUUCUUUCAAUGGCCACGCAUUGAAACGUCCCCACGGUUCCAAAGCCAACGGGGUGCCGCCGUGGGGAGGUGGGGCUUUUCCAGCAUCACCCCUUUUUCUCCUGCCAGCAGGUCCUGUGCCUUGCCAGCUGUGCUUUUGGAGGUGGGUAUGGUUGAGUGGUGGGCUCCGCUUGCGCAUCCCGCUUGGAGGUGCCUGGAGCAGUGGGACGGUGCCCACCUGCUGUGUGAUGGUGCAGCGCGUGGUGGCUGCGGAGCUGCACUGCUGUGUCACCAGGCUGCAAACCCCACGUCUCCCCAUCCCAGCACAGUUGGGCACGCAAUGGGAUGCGGGCUGCAGCUUGUCCCCUGCCACUCAUCCCCAUCCCUGUCACCUUGUCCUUGGCCACCUAUCCUCAUCCACGUCACCUUAUCCUUGGCCACCCAUCCCCAUCCAACCAUCCCCAGCCCUGCAGCCACAUCCCACUGGAUAGCGGGGCUCCCCACACAAGGCAGCUCCUCUCCAGCACGGCGGCCCAACAUAUCCCAAUUUUUCAAGCGGGGGCCAAUUAGUUUCACAAAUGAGGGCCCUAUGGUGCCAGGGAGGAUUUGUUCCGGGCCUGCGCACUGGC